UGGCGUUGGCGCCUGUGGUACGUCGGAGAACACAGCAAGGCUUGGAAAGCGUGGAACCACGGUGGGACAGCGAUUGGUGUUAAAGCCAAAAUACAUAGAAAACUACGAGUAGCCGAUGUUGAGUUCACGAAAAAUGCGGAACGCUAUGCAACGAACGUAGACAAGCUUUUCGUGAGUGUUGUAAGCAGAUGAUCCUUUGCAUCACAGCAGGGGCAGAGGAGACCAGGCACACCAUGCUCAAGGAAGGAGCUCUGAGAAGGGACUGAGAUUGUGGGACACAAAGAUAUGUAAUGGGAAACUCCGAGAGCCAAUACAGCAUUCAGGGGCCCAAGAGCACCAGCUUAAUCCUCCCCGGGAAACCAAAGCCCUACUCACUGAAGUAUCGCUCGACCAAAGACGAGGUUCUGGCCCCCCAUACGUGGUGGAAAGGUGGCCCGGCGGGCUCUCGGUACAAGGCUAGGGCUGUUGGUCGCGGCUGCCUCUCCCCCCUGCAGAGGAGGGGAGAGCCGUACGUCUCCAAACACUACGACUAUUUAACCAAGGGGGUGAGAGGUAGUCCAAAUUGCCACCGCCGGCAUGGUUCCCCACCAGCAGGCCGCUCCCUCCUAGCGGAGAACGGAUGCUGCCCGUAUGAGGGCAGUGGAAGCCCAUACCGCAGAGCCUCCAGGGAGUUGAACGGCCAUGCCGUGAACGGACACAGGACCCCAGAGAGGAUGCGAGGAGAGGGGGAGGAGGGGCUGGAGGAACAGAGCAGCCCCCGGGUGGUCAUUAAGAAAGACGGUAGCCUGAGGGUGGAGUUCACCAACACCAACAGUGGGGUGCUCCUCGAAGAAGCGACGGGGCCCGUGAAGCUGCUCAAGUUCUCCCCGACCCGCGACACCAACCCCAGCCUCUCUGGCAGCGGCCGGAGGUCUGACGCCCACAGCAAAGCUCUGCCGCCGGCCUCCACCGCCCGGACCAGCAAGGGCAGCUCGCUGAGCUCCGAGGGUUCCUGGUACGACUCGCCCUGGGGGCCCAGUGCGGAGUUCUCAGACCACGACCAGUCCUGCUCUUCCAGUAGGAACAGGAAAAAUAGUAGGGCUGAGCAGUUGGAGACCUUUGGCCAACAGUCCCCCCCGGUGUCCAUCUCAGAUCUUUACAGGGACCCCACUAUGGCUGUCACCUUCCCCACGGCCAAGGACCUGCUGACCCAGUACUCUGAAUCCUCCAGUCAUAUUCAGCAUCGGGCCUCCUUUGUAGAUGUCCCUGCAGAGGAGGAGUGUCCAGAAGCCAGGCAGUACUCAUCCUAUACCCUGCCCUGCCGUAAGGCCCAGCCCAGCGUGGAGGGAUCUGCCCUGAAAAAGGGCCCUGGCUCGGUGAAGAGCCGUAUGAGACGCCUCAGCGACUGGACAGGCAGUCUUAGCAGGAAGAAGAGAAAGACACCGGGUCUACACAGAUCCAUGAACCAUCUUCAUGGCCUGGAGCCCAUGUACAAGGAAAGCAGUGAGGCUUUUGACAGCGGAGUGGACGGGUUGGCAGCUGACGCCGGCUCUUCGUCCCAGGUGUCCAGCCUGUGGUACCCUGGGAGACCUGUUGGUGUGGGGGCCACCCGGGCCCAGUCUGCAGGGGCCCUCCACCACAGCAACGACGCCCUCCGUCAGAACAUCUAUGAGAACUUCAUGCGGGAGCUGGAGACCGAGACUGGACAGGGAAGUGGUGGAGGAGGAAGUGGUGAACGCGGAGAUCCCUCGACGGGAACGGAAGAGGGGGGGGGGAGCAGUAGCGAUUCAACAGGGGGCUCCCUGGAGCAGCUGGACCUCCUGUUUGAGAAGGAGCAGGGGGUGGUGCGCAGGGCUGGCUGGCUCUCUUUCAAACCCCUCCUGACCCUGCAGAAGGACAGGAAGUUGGAGCUGGUCACACGCAGGAAAUGGAAGCAGUACUGGGUGACCCUGAAAGGUUGCACGUUGUUGUUCUACGAGACCUAUGGGAAGGGUUCCCCUGAGCAGGAGCUUUCUCCACGCUACGCCCUGUUUGCAGAGGACAGUGUCGUCCAGGCCGUUCCUGAACACCCCAAGAAGGAGAACGUUUUCUGUCUCAGCAAUACCUACGGAGAUGUCUACCUCUUCCAGGCCAGCAACCAGACCGACCUGGAGAACUGGGUGACGGCCAUCCAUUCGGCCAGUGCCUCGCUGUUUGCUAAGCGUCAUGGGAAGGAGGACACGGUGAGGUUACUGAGGAGCCAGACCAGAGGCCUGCUGCAGAAGAUUGACAUGGACGGCAAGAUGAAGAAGAUGGCUGAGCUGCAGCUGUCCAUUGUCAGUGACCCCAAGAACAGGAAGGCCAUAGAGAACCAGAUCCAGCUGUGGGAGCAGAACCUGGAGAAGUUCAACAUGGACCUGUUCAGGAUGCGCUGUUACCUGGCCAGCCUUCAGGGUGGCGAACUCCCCAACCCCAAGAGCCUGUUGGCUGCAGCCAGCCGGCCCUCAAAGACCGCUCUGGGACGCCUGGGCAUCUUUUCGGUGUCCUCUUUCCACUCGCUGAUCUGUUCCAGGGAUGAUACGACGAUGAGGAGGCGCUCCAUGUCCCUGGUCCAGCGAUCACGCAACAAGAGAGGCCUCUUCUCCUCCCUCAAAGGCCUGGACAACCUCGCCAAGAAGGGCCGUGACAAGAGGCCCUCCACGGGACAGAUCUUUGAAAGUGAUGAAAGCGGAAAGCCCUUCUGUCUUCCACCGACAAGUACCGAGGUGAAGCAGCUUGCCCCCACCAAUGACGAGCUCCACACGCCCCAGAAUGUGGAGGUUCUAAGUCCAGCACCCAGGGAACCGCUACAUGACAUUUACUGUGAUGGGGUAUUCCUACAGAACAUUUUCACCCUGCACAUGACGAGACCUGCCUGCGCUGGAGACUUUGGCUUUGCAGUCACGGGGCACAUUAACAGACAGAGCAAAAGCUGCAUCUUUGUCAGUGAGGUUCUGGCGGAUGGACUGGCCUUUAGUGAAGGACUGAGACCAGGGGAUGAGAUUCUAGUUCUGAACGGUAUAGGCGUGUCCACUCUAGACCUGGGACUGAUCCAGACUCUCUUCGCUGAGGAAACCCUCCAGCUGACUCUCAGAAGGGAUGCCCCGCCCACCUCGCCGCUCGCCACUGGUCGCCUGACCCCGUCCCCAUUACUCAGCCAAUCACAGCAGCUGCAGAACUUCCUGGACACACACCACCGUGCCAAGUCUACUACUGAUGUGUCCACAGUUCCAGAGGUCCCUGCUGAGUCCCUAGACUUUGGGCUGGGGAACGGUUUACAGCAGAACAGCCACAGGGCCGAGAAGCACAGCAAGAGUGUGGACACCGUGUGCACGCUGUACCACACCUUCCAGGAGGGCUCGGGAGGCUUGAUGGAGGGUCACAAAGCCCCAACGCACCCAGGGGCCAACCCCACCCUGCUCAGACCCUGCCCCCGACACAUGAGCCCCACCGAGAGGCUCCGCAAGGUCAUCCAGGAGCUGGUGGACACCGAGAAGUCCUACGUCAAGGACCUGAGCUGCCUGUUUGAGAUCUACCUGAAGCCUCUGCAGAACGAGACCUUCCUCACCCUGGACGAGAUGGAUAGUCUGUUUGGCAGCCUGCCAGAGAUGCUGGACUUCCAGAGGGUCUUCCUGCAGACGCUGGAGGAGAGAAUCGCCUCCUCCCCUGACUUCAGCAUGUUGGAGACACCUGUGCAGUUUAAGAAGCUUCUGUUCUCUCUGGGUAGAUCCUUCCUUUACUAUGCAGAUCAUUUCAAGCUCUACAGUGGGUUCUGUGCCAACCACAUCAAGGUCCAGAAAGUCCUAGAGAGAGCUAAGACCGACCGGGCCUUUAAGGAGUUCCUGGACGCGAGGAACCCUACCAACCAGCAUUCCUCCACCCUGGAGUCCUACCUGAUCAAGCCAGUCCAGAGAGUGUUGAAGUACCCCCUACUGCUCAGAGAGCUGGUGUCCCUCACCGACACAGACAGCGAGGAGCACUACCACCUCACAGAGGCCCUCAAGGCCAUGGAGAAGGUGGCCAGCCACAUCAAUGAGAUGCAGAAGAUCUACGAGGACUAUGGAUCCGUGUUUGACCAGCUGGUGGCGGAGCAGGGCAGCCAUGCCAAGGAGGUCACGGAGCUUUCCAUGGGAGAGUUCCUCAUGCAUUCCUCCGUGGUCUGGCUCAACCCUCACCCCUCGCUGGGCCGCAUGAGGAGGGAGCCGGAGCUGACCGUGUUUGUGUUCAAGAAGGCAGUGAUACUUGUCUACAGGGAGAGCAACAAGCUCAAGAAGAAGAUGACCGCCCCUCGCUCUGCACACUCCCACGGAGACCUAGACCCCUUCAAGUUCCGCUGGCUCAUCCCACUCUCUGCACUGCAGGUCCGACUAGGCACUGCUACAGGCUCAGAGACUAACUGCAUCUGGGAACUGAUUCAUACCAAGUCUGAACUCGAAGGACGUCCCGAGACCGUCUUCCAGCUGUGUAGCAGUGUCCCGGAAAGCAAAGUCCCCCUCAUCAAGGUGAUCCGCUCCAUCCUUCGGGAUAAUGUCAGGCGGAAUAUGCUGCCGGCCGAAAGGGGGUGCAAAGAGCGCCUCACGCCUCUACGCAGGACGCUGCCCUCAUCGGCCAGGAUAGGUUCAUCCAGAGCCUCCUGGCUGUGUAAGAAGCCCCCGCUGGUUCUCGCCGCCGACACUCUGAAACCCAGCCAGCCUGACUCCGACGAGGGCAGUCUGAGCAGCCGCACCCAGAGCUCCUCUGGAGCCCCCCCUGGAGACCAUCCCACCCGACAGGCAUGGUCCCGGGCCUCCCAGUGCGGCCAGCGCCCCUCCGGCUCCAGCUCCCUGAAAGAGUCAGACAUACUGAGUGACGAGGACGAUGACGAGUUCAGUGAGGCUGGGGGGCGCGAGGAGGAGCAGGGAGGUCCCCCGGAGAGCGCCAUCGAAGCCCAGUUCGCCGGACUGAGGCUGACCGAGGAGGCGGCGUCCUCCUUGUCACCGGCCCCCCGGGUGCAGCCAGAGGGAGCGGAGGUGGACACGCCGGAGACCCGGCCCAAGGUGGGCCCGGGCCACUUCGGCACCAUGAACAGUAAAGCCUUCAGAAUCCAGCGGCGGAGUCGCUCCCUGGACAGCCAGACGGACAUGGCCGCCGUGGACCUCAACGCUUUCCUGGAGAGAGAUUUUAGCAUACAGAGUCUUACCUCUGCGGUGAACGAGGACUGCUUCUACAGCCCGACAGACACCAGCAGUGCCCCCAACGCCGCACUGGGGCAGUGACGCAAGGAGAGAAACCAAAGCACUGCAGAGCGGUGUCUGCUCCCUGGCUCAGGGUAUGAGAAACCCUGGUUCAAUUCUGCCCCGGCCCCAGGUUUUCACAGGGUUCUGAUCGGCCUCAGCUCUGAAGUCAGACUGUGAUGCUGUCAGAGUGUACAUUUGGCUGGUCCCACCUUCUUGGCUAUGCACAGGUGUGAAGGACAGAAUAAUGAGCUGUCUUUUGCUCAGCGAAAAAAAUAUGUCCUCCCUGGAGAGAGACGAGGUGACUCUGUCCCUGUUAAUGACUGCAAUGAAUCUGCUGAGCACUGAUGCACACGUAUGCUCCGCCUCCACCCAGCCCUGCUCCGCCUCCACCCAGCCCUGCUCAACCAGGGCCCAACCAUAUGGAAUGACUUCAUCUCUGGUUUACGCAGGAUAAAGGAGAGUAGUAGGAUGGACAGACUGCUACUGUCAUGUCCAUGUCAUUCACAUCAGUCAGCAAAAAGCAGCGAGAUGAGGAUUCCACUUCAGACUGUUGAGACUCUUGAAGGUUCUUUUGAAUUCUGACUUCCUCUGCUGGAAGUCAGUCUGAAUCAAGAACAGGACGUGUUCCUUCCUUCAAACAUUACUUCAACAGAAGCAAUCAGAGGGACCUACUUGAAUUUUGUCCAAUAGAAACUGCUUGAUGACACAGUCCCUGUUUUGCUCCGUUUGCUUCUGUUGAGGAAAUGUUAUGCAACAUAACUUUUUGUUUGGCCAAAUGAAUACACCCCAGGAUAGGCAUUGAUUUUGUGACUGCCUUGCUGUAUUUCGUGCACUAAACUACACUGUUUGCCUAUAUUUGCGCUCUUUUUAUUUGUACAUCAUGAGAUUUUUUGUUUUUAAAGCAAUGCUUAUUUAUUGAUAGUUUAAUAUUUUUUUUUCAUGCUUUGCAAAAUAUUGGGUUAUGGCUUGAAGAAAAAAAAUUUAAAAGGUAUAUUUUUUUUAACCCAAUUUCAGAUUAUUAUUCCCAGUAUACUGAAUAUGAUUUUGGCUGUCAGCCUACCAAAGUGUAGCUUCCAAUGUACACACAUGCAUUGUCAAAAUAAAACAGCUUGAUUGAAUCCAAAUAAUGUUGUCAACUUGCCCAGGUUGCUGAAGCUGUAACCUGUUUCCUUUGUGUUGUGUACAUAAAAUUUCUAAAGAUUAGUUGUACUGUAACUUGAUUUGAUAUCUUUCAUAUUCUUACACAUGCUUGACAUUGUACAGGUAGAUACGGCUGUAACUUGCAAUAAAUACAGGAUCUGGUACUACAGUGGUUCAGGGGUAUUUCUGUAAAGAUUCUUAUUUUGCAUCUUGAAAAUACUGGGGAGAGAUCAUCUCUGUCAACUUACCAACACAUUCCACCCUGUUUGGCCACUCAACUGAAGUGUAGACAAGCCUUUAUUGCUACCAAACCAAUGAAUGUGAAACACAACACCCCUUUUCUUAUGGAACUGUUUUAUAAAUAAACAUUUUUUAUCUGUGA